GAUUGGCCUCGUGCUCUACUGUCUUUCAGUGUUCAAUAAUGACAGAGAAGCUGAUUUUCGACUACAAAUUGCAUUCCAGUAUCAUUAUGCAAUUAGUGUAUGCCAGUACAGCUUGGUUGACGUCACCAUUUCUUUGUUUCAAUUGUGGUGAUAUGCAACGCACAUAUGAUCGGAGUUUCAAAGUUAUUGUGUGCAAUAAUCGUCUACCAAAGACAAUCAAUGGAGUAGAGCAGUGGUCAUUUUAUGGUUUCAAUUUUGGUCAACUGCGAUCCGUACAGCGAAAACCGGAAUUUACAAUUUUGACUUUAUGUGUUUCAAUAGUCAAACAUCAUCGAGUAUUCCACAUUUCAAUCGUUUGUUCGAUUAAAGUUUCAUUUCGAGCAUUGGUUUCGGCGUCUCAUAACGGAUCAAGCAAUCAUUCCAGUUCGUCUUUAAGCGUGUCAAAGGCCGAACGAGUCGGAAGUUGCAAGGCUGACAGAUCAGCUGGAUUUAUUCAUCUUGCAGUAAUUGUUCCAACUGCCGUUUCUUCGUAUUAUUGUGGUCAAUUGCAGACAGUCAAUGGAGUAUCAAUGUGUGAACAAUUAGCGGAAUGUUUCUCGACUUGUUUAUGGAACAUGAGUAGUCUUCAACAUCGUUCGCUGGAGAAUGAAGCGCUCCAUGGUAUCCGAAAACGAUUAUCCAAGAGAUUCAUCAGUCGUCGGGCAAAACCUGCCAUUAUGUACAACACAAAUGCUGCGAAUUUUGUGGACUGGAUAACAGAGCUUUCUAAGGCACAGCAGAGCGCACUGAGAGAACUCAAUCCUACAACAGCAAGUAAUUUCGGAGGAAUUUGGGAAGCAGCAGUGCAAUCAAUGAAGUUUCACCUCAAACAAAUUGUUGGGUCGUCACAUCUCACGUUUAAGGAGCUGACAAUUCUUUUUUGUCAAAUCGAGUGCGCAUUUAUUUCGAGACCAAUGUGCAGCCUGACCGAUGAGGAUUUGAAUUUGAGUUUAUUUUUGAGUAAAUUUUUCCGUUUCAUUCAUUUUAUCUUCCGAGCCAAUUUCAUUUCAUUUUGAAUUUUUUGUGUUAGUUUUAUUUGAAGACGAUUUAUAAUGUCUUGGCCGGGAGUAUGUUCAGACCAAUCUGAACUUUUGUUUAUCUUAAUAGUUGGCACAGUCAAUUAAGUUUCUAAAUUAUGUAAUGUCAAGCAUUGUACUGUGCAAUUUAGUUCAUAUUAUAACGUUGAUCUAUAAACAACAGUCUUUUGAUUCGACAUAAAAUAAUUGAACCUGAGAAACCGAUAUUCCUU